AUGGUAAACUUGAUAGAAAAUACCAGUUCAUUUAGGCGCCCCAGCAUUUGCUAUCUUCUUUCACAUCUAUAUAACUCUGAAUUCUAAACGCAGCUGGUUCGCCGUUCGUUCAAAUUUUUAUUUUAAGAAAAGCAGUGUUAUCCGGAGUGUAAUUCUUUCUGUCAUUGAUUGUCUGCAGGGAAAGAAAAAGUCAAGAUAAUGUGGUGUGAGGUGAGAGGGAAAGCUGAGAAACUUCGAUGUUCUCCAUUUUUGUUCUUUGUUCUAAGUAGGAGAAAGUAAGGGGGAACUCUCUCCUCUCAAGUGAUAUUUGCUUCAUCUGGUUCCAAGCGCAACAUAUAACUUUACAUAUUAUAUUGUUUUGCUUUCGAAUUGACAGUUAGGGUUUUCAGCUGUUCAAAAGUAAAAAAGACUCAGGAUUUGCGAUUACACGGUUCUUAAUUUUCCUCGGUAGUAAUUCAUGACUAAGUUAUAGCCAAUCAAUAUCGGUUUCAUUCAUGUCACUAUGUGAACAUAAAAUUUUAAGACACUUGGAAUGUGGUAUUUCAAGACGGUUGGAAUCUGAAAAUAUAAUAGCUUCUGCCAGGUUUAUAUUUUAAGACUGUGGGAAACUUUGUAUUUCAAGAUGGUGGGAAUCUGUAUAUGGACUCUACUUUUGAAUAUGUUACUCUACCAUGGGUAUCUGGGGAGUAAUAUGUUUCUGUAUCUGUUUUGGAGCCUAAUUUAUAAAUCACGUUCACUGGCAAGAGAGACUGCAAAGCUUCUUGCAUGAAUGAUUCUAGUUUCCAUAAGCUUAUUUACCUCAAUAAUGAUGUUAACACAUUAAAUUUACAUAUUUGAUUAAGAAGGAUUUACAGUUCUUUUAAGAUAAGGUUUGCUUUUUUCUGUGUACUUAUUUUCCUUGAAGUUUACUCAAUAUGCUUGACUGGUUUUAGACAUUCCCAAACUGCUCCACUCUCUUCAUCCCUCUCUCUCACAGGCAUUCCUUCCUGGUUUAGAAUUUUAUCUGCUUGCUGGCUCAUUUGACCAGAGCUUUGUGGUUCAGUUGACUAUGGAGAUAGAAAAUAACAAAAAUGAAGCUGACACUAUGGCGGAAGACUUGGCAAAAUCAGAAUCAUCUGAAAAGAAAAGCCCUAAUUUAUUGAAAGCCAAAUCUGAUAUUGCAAAGUCAGUGGCCAAGAAUUUCUUGAAGACAAGAAAAGCAAAUGUUACUUCUGAGGUCCUGAGGAAAAGGCCAAAAAUGAAAAGCAUGGGCAUAUCAGAGGGCAAUAAAGCAGCUGAAAAUAAUGUUAAGAAGUUAGAUCCAGUGGAAAAAGACCAGCAAAAGGAUGCUACUACGAGUACGGAGUAUGUAGAGAAGAGCCAGCAGAUCCAAAAGAAUGAAGAAAAUACAUGUGCAUCAGAUAGCAAGGAAAAGAUUACCAAAUCAAAUGACGAUCCCAAGAAACAAAGAAAUGGUGAAGGGCCUGGUCUUUCAAAUAAAGAUAAAAAGAAUGAAGAAAAGCGGGAGGGUAAGAAAAAGAGAAAACGAAACGAAAAUAAGGAAAGGCACCGUAAUCCAGUGAAUAAUAACAUGAAUGAUGAAAAGCGUGAGGGUAAAGGAAAGAAACAAGAAAUCAAAAAGAAAGAAAAGAUUGAUGGUCUAAUAUUCAUGUGCAAUGCUAGGACCAAGCCAGAUUGUUUUCGAUACCGUGUAAUGGGGGUAUCAGCUGGUAAAAAGGAUCUUGUGCUGGGUAUCAGACCAGGGCUUAAGUUAUUUCUCUAUGAUUACGAUGUCAGGCUUCUUUAUGGUAUUUAUAGGGCAACCUCUUCUGGUGGUAUGAAACUUGAGCCCAAGGCUUUUGGUGGGGCUUUCCCUGCUCAGGUGCGGUUCAGCGUCCAUUCUGAUUGUUUUCCUCUGGCAGAGAACAUUUUCAAGAAGGCUAUAAAGGAAAAUUAUGAUGAAAAGAACAAAUUCAAAACUGAACUUACUGCUAGACAAGUUCGGAAGCUCACAGAACUUUUUCGACCAGUUCCAGUUCAUUCAACAGCACUACCUUUUCACUCCCCAUCAAGGGCAGCAGCUCGAAUCAUUGAACACCCUGAAAAAAGGGAAGCUCAUGAUAGACCAAGGGAAGCAAGGCCCUCAUCACACAGAGAAGCAUCUGUUAGAGACCCUUAUGCUAAUAUCAGUGCUAGGAAUUAUGCUGGUUUUCCUCAUGAAAGGAAUCAGCGAGUGGCAUAUGGAGAGGUGGCAUCUAAUAAGAGGGAGGAUGGCCAUCGUGAUUUAUACCUCAGUGAGAAGGAAUACAGAACUUAUGGUCUUCUGGGGGAGAGACGAAAAAUGACUCCACAGCAUCAUAUCGCUCCUACAUUAACAUCUUACCUGGGAGAUUACAGAGAGCCACCUUUGCGACAACCAGACACUGCAUACCGGGAAUCUGUGCCUUUGCAGAGAGAUGUAGUUCGCUCUGAUCCUCUUCGCUUGACUGAAAGAGAAUACCGGACUUAUGAUUUGGGCGCUACACGAGAAAUGCAACCAACAGUUUCUGCAGCAACUGCAAAUACAUCUGGUGCUGGUGCUUCUAUCUUGGACUCCUAUAUUGCGGAUCCAUAUUAUGGCCGUUAUUCUGGUGAUCCAUUGGUGGAUGCUUACCUGUCGCGUCCAAGAGAAGCACACCUGAUUGAAAGUGAUCAUUUGAGGAGGAUAGAAAGCAACCAAGCAGAGAGAUUGUAUUCUCAAUAUCCUUCUGACGUUUUAGUAGAUCAUAACCGGAUGCAGCGGCAUCGAGAUGUUAACCCUGCAUCUGCUUCUACAUCAGUUUCAUCCCGGUAUUCUUUUGGUGGUGCAUCUUUGCCCUAUCGCUGAGAGCUAUAAGUCCCUUCAUAUCGCUAACCUGGAACAUGUUUCAAAAUUAGUUGACUUCUUUUUCUAUUUUGUUUGCAUGCAUGUUGCUGAACUUCAAUAAGCUACUCUGUUAAAUGGUUUUAUCAUAUUUAAUUAGGAUAAAGCAAAUUGCAAAUCA